UGUUUGUUACAAAACCAAUUGUACAAAAAAAAUUGUUUUUCGUUAAACAAGCCAAUAGUUGACAAAUUGCAUUUGAAAUGUCGGUGCCGUUUUCGGGCACGCUCCGCCGCUCUGGUGGCAUUGUUUCGGCGAUUGGCAAGCAGCUGAAGAGCGUUAAUUUGAAAGGCGUCAAACGCAUAACAGUGCAGUUUGAUCCAUUUGCGGAAAAUGUAAAAUCCACACGAGAAUUUCUGUUCCUGCUCUCCACUCCGAAAGUGUCGCUAUCAAAUCCCAAGUGCGUUGUCAAACCGGAAAUUGUUUGCGAUCGAUCGCCAGCGUUUAUCAAGUUCUCGCUUAUCGAUUCAGCACAAGAACAAGCCAAAGUCAAGGAGAUUCGCUUCAACAGUGCAAAUCUGAAUACUCUGGAACUCCUGCAGCUUUGCAACCAACACGUCUCGACUUUAGCGCCGCCUGAGGAAAUUACAAAUAAGGUGCUAACCAAAGCCGAAAAACAAAAGCUGGGUGGCGGUGCUGGUGGUGGCAAGAAGGCAACCAAAAAGAAGUGA